AUGGCGAACCUCAAAGUUGUCGAUGUUCGCGUUGACCAUUAUCGACCGAAUUACACCUUGGGAAUUCACGUCGAAAGACCUCGCAUCUCAUGGCGCUACAGUGACGCGCCCCCAAACUUCACCCCCGGCGAGCAGAUCAUUCGAAUCUCGCGUCUCUCGAGCUCCGGCCCCACCGUCCUCGGCGAGUUUUCUGGAAAUGACACAAACACCCAAGACGUCCCAUGGCCGGUGAGCGAAGCCAUCGGGUCUCGCGAGAAGUACUCUGUGGAGGUGCGCGCUUGUGGUGCGGAUCAAACGGAGCUGUCGCCAUGGAGUGAGCCCUACGUAUUCGAGACGGGCUUGUUGAGCCGUAGCGACUGGAGCAGCAAGCUCAUCUCGGCACCAUGGGCGGAAGAGAGCAAAGAUGCUCCGCAGCCUGAGGAUCUGUUCCGAAGAGAGUUCAAGUCCGAGGACCGCGUCCAAUCUGCACGGCUCUAUGUAACUGCCCAGGGCAUCUACGAGGCCGAGAUCAAUGGGAAAAGGGUCGGUGACUACUUCCUUGCACCCGGCUGGACGAGCUACGACGGUCGACUGCAGUAUCAGACAUAUGAUGUCACCGAGUACAUCUCAUCUUCUUCCAACUGCAUCGGAAUCCGCGUGGCCGAGGGCUGGUUCAACGGCCGCAUCGGGUUCGAGGGAGGCCGUCGCAGUAUCUGGGGCACCAGAACUGCCGUUAUGGCUCAGCUUGAGAUCACCUACGAGGACGGAAGAUUAGAGACCAUCAUCACAGACAGUGCUUGGAAGGUUACCCGUGGACCGACAAAGCUUGCCGAGAUUUAUGACGGAGAGAAGUACGACGCCACUGCAGAAGUUGCCGGCUGGUCUACCACAUCGACGAGCGGCGACUGGUCACCGGUAGAGGUUCUGCCUGAAUUGCCCAGUAACGUGGACCUCAUCGCGGGAUUUGGAGAGCCAGUUCGGCGCAUGGAAUCCUGGAUGCCCAAAGAGCUGAUCACGACACCAUCAGGCAAAAUCAUCCUUGAUUUUGGCCAGAACCUUGUUGGAUAUGUCCGAUUCAAGAACGUCGAGGCCGAGCGCGGCCACCAGCUCACCUUCCGUCACGCAGAAGUCCUCGAAAACAGAGAGCUCGGCACUAGGCCUCUGCGUGAUUGUCAAGCAACGGAUGUUUACACCUUCAAGGGCGAUCCGGAGGGCGAGAGCUGGGAACCGCGCUUCAGCUUCCACGGCUUCCGCUACCUUCAGAUUGACGGCUGGCCGGGGUAUCUCAAUCCCUGCAGAGGAGCGCUUAAAGUUGUCGUCUGUCAUACGGACAUGCAAGAAGCAGGCACCUUUUCCUGCUCAGAUAGGCGGCUGAACCAGCUCUUCAGCAAUGUCCGCUGGUCCAUGAGGGGCAACUUCCUGUCUGUGCCCACCGACUGCCCUCAAAGAGACGAGCGGUUGGGGUGGACGGGAGACCUCGCGCUCUUUGCACCCACUGCUACCUACGUCUACGACUGCUUUGGCAUCCUGAAGAAUUGGCUGGCAGAUGUCGCCUUUGAUCAAAAUGAGCUGGAGGGGAUCCCACCUAUGGUAUCUCCGAAUGUCCUCAAGGGCCAUCAGAACUGGGGCAAGAUUGGAGCCAACGCCAUCUGGCAUGAUGUUGUCGUCUUGGCACCGUGGGCUCUUUAUGAAGAGACGGGAAAUGCAAGCAUUCUCCGGGAUCAGUAUGAGUCCAUGACGACCUGGAUCGGAAAAAUACCCAGAAACAAAACUGGAUCAGUACAUCUUUGGGACUUUGGAUUGUUUCAAUUAGGAGACUGGUUGGAUCCCAAUGCACCCCCCGAUGAGCCGAUGAAGGCAGUCACAGAUCCUCCUCUCGUCGCCAACGCAUUCCUCAUCCGUUCACUAGACUUGCUCAUCCAAGUCGCAAUCAUCCUUGAAAAGAACGAAGACGCAGAGCACUACCGCAAAGAAUCUGCCGCAGCCCGACAAGAAUUCCUCGAUGAGUACGUCAGCGCCAACGGACGCCUGACAUCCGACUCUCAGACAGCUUACGCCCUCGCAAUCGCCUUCGACCUUCUCUCUCCAAAGCAGACCCAGCGCGCAGGCGACCGUCUUUCGGAAAUUGUCCGCCGCAACGCCUUCAGAAUCGGCACAGGCUUCGCUGGCACGCCGUAUAUCUGCGAAGCACUCACGCGCACGGGACACAGCGAUGUGGCGUACGCGAUGCUGCUGAACGAAGCGUGCCCUUCAUGGCUGUAUCCCGUCAAGAUGGAGGCUACGACGGUCUGGGAGCGCUGGGAUAGCAUGCUGCCCGACGGCUCGAUCAACCCCGGCGACAUGACGUCGUUCAACCACUACGCGUUUGGUGCUGUGGCCAAGUUCAUGGUUGAGCGGUUGGCUGGUUUGAAACGACUGGAUCCCGGUUGGAAGAGGUCAAGGGCUGAGCCAGUGCUCGGCGGCGAGUUCACGCAUGCGGCGGCUGAGCAUCUCACUCCGUAUGGCAAAGUUUCCUGCAAAUGGGAGUUGACUGGCAGCGACACUACUCUUUCGGAGCUGAAGGUUCAAGUUGUUGUUCCUCCAUUGACAGAGAUGGAAGUGGUGUUGCCUGGCAAGGAUGGACCAAAAGUCGAGGUUGUCGGGUCAGGCGAGUGGUCUUUCGUGGUGGAGUAUGAGCGAAAGCAUCAGUGGCCGGUGAAGGCGCUUUCCAUCUUCCCCGAGUAG